GAUUCUUCCGGAAGUUGAAAAAGCAACAACAAUGGCGGACGAAGUUAGCGUUUGUUGCACCACAGACGAGAGUAUAGAUAAAACAGUCAGUUUUAGUCGCGUCAGCGCAGUUGCCACAGAAUGGAUGUUUGAUUAUUUCUUUGUAAGCUUGUGUCGGUGCUUCAAAGAGAGAAAACGGGAUGAAUUCAACGAGAUGCUUUCAGUUUUUGAGGUCAUUUCCGAGAAUGAAUCCCUCAAAGGCACGACCAUUCAUGAGAAAACAUUGAUAUGUGCUUUACUUGUAAGAGUCAUAGAUGGAAAAUGCUUGGAUGAAUUGUUUGACAAAGACCGGUCUAUAAUGCCACUGAUGUCUGCUGCCAAAGUGUGGUUGGAGCUGAAAGACACUGUUGGUGAUGAAAGUCUUUUCAAAAGCAUCACAAGUCAUUUGCUUAUCCAGUCUGUAGCUGUGUGUCUGGAAAAAGGCCAAACAAUUUCUGCUACCUGUUCCAUCGAGUGGUUCAAAAAACAUGUUGACAUCCCACGGAGCCUGGCACGUAAUCUAUCAACUAUUGUGCAAAAGAAGGAAACUUACCACUCACUCUUCAACAACUUCAGCCUCAACCGCCUGAUGGAGACCAUCCAGACGUUCUUAGAUUCAUAUUUGAAGAAGCAUCCGUCUGACUAUCUACUCAAGGCAGCUACGAAGGUGGCCCAGUCUGCCCCAGACAUCCAGAGUUCAGAGGAGGCGGAGCCACAGGAUGACACCUUCUCAAAGUCAUCCAGCACAUCAGUUCAGAAGAAGAAAAGAAGAAAGCGGAACCUGCUUUCUACCCUUACUGAUGUGUGGACACCAGAGCCGGUUGCUCAGCCUUUUGUCUGCAUCAGACGACUUUCCAAACAUGAGAUAUCCCAAAUGACAUCUCCGGCUAAAUUUGCAGAGACCUCCACAGCGGCAAUGAAAAGGAGGAAAUGGACCAGCAAACUGGACAAAUUCCUCGAGCAGGGUGUAAGACGCCACGGCGUGGGAAAGUGGGCUCAGAUCCUGAAUGAUUAUGACUUUGAAGGUCGUACUAGCGUGAUGCUUAAAGAUCGUUGGAGAGUUUUAAUAAAGUCACAUCAAGUGGGCUAAAGAAAAUGACCCUCCACUUGCUUUAAUGUAGAAUUCUGUAAAAAGAAAACAUUUAUCUUUUUUUGUUCUUGAAGUUUUGAGUGUUCCUUCCCAUUCAUCCAUCACACCUCAAGAGGGCGCCAGACACAAAAUAACGAGACCAUAAUGCAGCAGCUGUUGCAGGGAGGAAGUGCAACGAUUUUAACUUUUUUAUUUUUAUUUUUUUUUAUAAAUGUGCAUUUUAAUAAAAUGUUCAAAAUCAGCUGUGAGUUUCACGUGUAAUAAAAACAAUCAAAUGCU